AUGACACAGGCACACGGAAAAAUACACAAACUGCUAGCCUCCAAUAUCUAUCCACAAGUAAUUCUCACUCUCACUCGCUCACUCACUCAUUCACUCACUCAUUCACUCACUCAAUCUUUCUUUCUCUCUCUCACAAACAUAUUCUUUCACUCACUAAUUCGUCAUAUAGAUCUGUACAUAUUUGAGGAAUGGAAGAGACAGUAUACUGGUCCCACAGCGUUGAGCAGUGCUUCGCUUACACGCGACUGUUCGUUUCUGUGGAGAUAUCAACAAGAGACACUUCGGUGUCAAGACAGCGCCAGAAAUGGCUCCUUUCCUUCUUUCAUCUUUUUAUCCCAACACCAAACCAGUCCUAUUCCCCUACCGUCCGGAGACACAACUCACCCUGAUUUUGCAUCUUGCUCUCAUUUUCUUCUCCUGCACCUUGAUCUCUCCUAUCCUAGCUCCUGUCACGAAAAAUACACGAACGCCAAUGGUCGUCGCCCGUUCGCCUAUCCAUCGGUUCACCAUCAACUCGUCUCUGUAAGCCACGUGAUGUCGUUUGGUGCAUAA